CCCACGCGGGUCUCCCGGCAACGGGCGCGGGUGGGGGCGGGGCCGGCGCCUUCAACUGGAGCCGAAAGCGAGCGAGCGGCCACGGAGCGGCGGGGAUCGUCCCUGCGCUCCUCGCUGCCCGCCGCGUUCUCGCCCGCCCCGCCGACCAGCGCCCGCCCGCUCCUUGCCCCUCCGCAGCGCACCGACUCGCCGCCGGACGGGGGAUGCGCACCCCGCCCGCCUCCGGGGGCCAGGGCAGCGAGGUGCCAGGCCCUACCUUUGCUGAUGGCGAGCUCCUCCCCAGGGACCCCAGCUUCUUUCCCGAGGACGAGGAGGAGGCUAUGACGCUGGCCCCACCCGAGGGCCCCCCGGAGUCAGACAUGGACAGCCCCAUGGAGAGCAUGCAGAGCCUGGAGGGGUCGGUUGGGAGUCCUGCCGAGGAGAAGGACGGAGGGCUCGGGGGCCUGUUUCUGCCGGAGGACAAGUCCCUGGGCCACGCCCCAUCCAUGACCACGUCGGACCUCUCUACACACUCCACCACCUCGCUUAUCAGCAACGAGGAGCAGUUUGAAGACUAUGGAGAGGGGGACGACGUGGACUGUGCCCCCAGCAGCCCCUGCCCCGAUGACGAGACCAGGACCAACGUUUACUCGGACCUGGGAUCUUCAGUGUCUUCCAGUGCGGGGCAGACACCCAGGAAAAUGCGGCACGCCUACAACAGCGAAUUGCUGGAUGUUUACUGCUCUCAGUGCUGUAAGAAGAUCAACCUGCUGAAUGACCUGGAAGCCCGACUGAAAAACCUGAAGGCCAACAGCCCUAACCGGAAGAUCUCUAGCACGGCCUUUGGACGGCAGCUCAUGCACAGCAGCAACUUCAGUAGCAGUGACGGUAGCACUGAGGACCUGUUCCGAGACAGCAUUGACUCCUGUGACAACGACAUCACGGAGAAGGUGAGCUUCCUGGAAAAAAAAGUGACAGAACUGGAGAAUGACAGCCUGACCAAUGGGGACCUGAAGAGCAAGCUGAAGCAGGAGAACACACAGCUCGUGCACAGGGUGCACGAGCUGGAGGAGAUGGUGAAAGAUCAGGAGACCAUGGCCGAGCAGGCCCUGGAGGAGGAGGCGCGGCGGCACCGCGAGGCCUACGGCAAGCUGGAGAGAGAGAAGAGCACGGAGAUCGAGCUGCUCAACACCAGGGUGCAGCAAUUAGAGGAGGAAAACACCGAGCUCAGAACAACAGUGACCCGGCUCAAGUCACAAACAGAGAAGCUGGAUGAGGAGCGGCAGCGCAUGUGUGACCGGCUGGAGGACACCAGCCUGCGGCUCAAAGAUGAGACGGACCUGUACAAGCGCGUGACGGACAAGCUGCGGCAGAACCGCCUUGAGUUCCAAAAGGAACGGGAGGCGACGCAGGAGCUCAUCGAGGACUUGCGGAAGGAGCUAGAGCACCUGCAGAUGUACAAGCUGGACUGCGAGCGGCCAGGCCGGGGGCGCAGCUCGUCCUCUGGCCUGGGCGAGUUCAACGCCAGGGCCCGCGAGGUGGAGCUGGAGCAUGAGGUCAAGCGGCUCAAGCAGGAGAAUCAUAAGCUGCGGGACCAGAAUGAUGACUUGAAUGGACAGAUCUUGAGCCUCAGCCUCUAUGAAGCAAAGAACCUCUUUGCCACCCAGACCAAAGCCCAGUCUCUGGCCGCAGAAAUAGACACGGCCUCUCGCGAUGAGCUCAUGGAAGCCCUGAAGGAGCAGGAGGAGAUCAACUUCCGGCUGAGGCAGUACAUGGACAAGAUUAUCCUUGCCAUCCUGGACCACAACCCCUCCAUCCUUGAGAUCAAACACUGAGACGAGGGCUGGCUGCAGAGCGGCCUCGGGACCCUCCCAGCCCUGGACCCUGGGACCAAGGCGCAGACCCCACUUGAGGAUGCGGCCCAAGCCAGGCCACACACACACACACACACACACACACACACACACUGUAAACAUCAUCUCUGGCCACCAUGUCCUGUGUACUGAUGCGUAUGUGGGGAAGCCGCUCACACAGCAAGGGGUGAGCGUGGGGCUGUGAGUGUCAUCUGCACAGUUACUUCCCGUGCACUUUGCAGUCCCCUUGCAAGAGCGGAUGGUCCUGGAGGGUGGGAGGGGCAAGGUCUGCUAUCAGGAGUUACUGUAAUAACAAGAACUGGAAGACUGUGUUUCAGGUACUGGAUGAAAAUGAUUCUACCUCUGGGGAUAAGGAUUUAAAGAUGCUCUAGUGAGACAGGCUCUUUUCACCCCACCUCUGUUCCCUGUGGGAGUGGGAGCAAAAUUAUGGUCUUUCCCAGGGGUUCGAAUGCCUAACGGCCACAUCCUCCCCAGCCUCUUUGGCCACCUUUCAAGCCUAGGUGCUCAGGCUCAGAGAGGAGGAAGGGGCCCUCCCAGAGCCCCUCCCUGGCCAGCAGCCCCUGUGAUGCCUGUGCAUGGGGUGUCCCGAGGACUCAGGCUUGCAGGAGAGCUGGCAUGGGGCAGCCUUCGUUUGAGAAGUUCUUGGUAUUUGGGGGGUUUCCUGUACACUUCCCCAUCCCUGCCUGCCUGCCUGCCUGCCUGCCUCUUCCUUUCUGGCUUGGUUGUUUUUUGGUUUUUAUUUUAGAGAGAGAGUGCGAGUCGGGGAGAGGCGCGGGGUUGAGGGUAGGGUGGGGGCGGAGAGAGAGAGAGAGAGAGAGAGAAUGAAUCUUAAGCAGGCUCCACACUCAGCAUGGAGCCCGACGCCAGGCUCAAUCCCACAACCCAGGGAUCAUGACCUGAGCUGAAAUCAAGAGUUGGACGCUCAACUGACUGAGCCACCAGGUGCCCCUCUUUCUGUUUUAUUGUUAAGACCAUGAAAAAUGAGCGGUAUUUAACUUGAGUGUAAAAUGAAGGGAAUAAAAGGGGGUGGGGAGUGGGGGCCAGGGGUGUCUAAGGCACGUGUUGGCAUUGGGUGACAAAGACCUUAGUUCCAGGGAGGAGCGUGGUCCCAUUCCAGUCUGUUCCCUCCCCGUGGGCUGCAUUUCACGAGAAGCAUGGAUGGACAGUCCACAGGCGGGGAGUGGGCCUUGCUUACCUGCUCCUGUUCUCCACACAACCCGGUGAUGGCAGGCCUCAGGUUUGGAGUUUGGGAUUCUGAGCUCUGGGCUUGACUCAGCUGGGUAGCGAGGCCCCCGCGUCUCACCUUUUGGAAACUCUCCUAUUCAGUUCUCAGCCAGGAGAGGUGUGCUGAUGAGAGACACGGGUGAGGAGAUCACAGGGAAACCUUCGUCCUCCGUCCUUGUGACACAUGGUGGAAAUUCUCUCUCUGGAUUUUUUUUUUUCUCUCUCUCUGGAUUUUUAACGUGAUCUUUUGUUGUAGGCAGCUGGUACUUUGAGUUUUCCAGUUUGUCUCAGUUUUAUAUGGCUUGUGAUUCGUUUCGUUAAUCCACACAUAUAUAAACAUGUAUGCUCUUGGGUUUUUUUCCCCUGCAGUUUGUUUUCUUCAGCAAUUCUAGUGUAAGAAGGAAAGUUCAGGCAUGUUGGGGAGGGGCAAGAAGGGGUGUAUGCAGAGAAGCGGGGGCAGGAGAGGGUGAAGAGGGGAUCGGGGACUUGGGAUGUAUGUUCCCUGUUCACGAAGGCAGGGCUGUGGCCACCACCCAUCUUCAUUCCGUUCCAGUCAACUUUUGCUUCUGUUGGAUUUUGUGAUUUCUUUUGAAGCAUAAGUGUGGGGUUUGUUUCAUGCUGCAGAUAACGGGGCUGCGUUGGUCUGAUCCAGGCCUUUGGGGGUCACCUACCGCAGGAAGACUAGGGCAGGGAGUCUCUCGACCCCCGAGGGUGCUGGUCUCCUUGGGCUCCUCCAGGGGUCUGAGAAGCAGCAGCAGUGGAAAGAAGGCCUGAGGAGUGAGUCUCUUGAGAAUUUGCUAAUGGCCCCUAAUUAAGGGAAAGGAAAGAAGACAUAUCAGGACUUGGCUUUGGUCUGGAUUUGACACCAGGAGGAGUCCUACAGAGGCCAGCCAGACCAAGGUCCUGGGCUGUGGGAGACUCGCCCCAGGGAUGAGCAUUUUAUAUGUAAAACUUUAUAUGCUCUUUAGCUGCUUUGAUCUGGAAUUCCAAAGGGCCCAGAGGCCUGGGUUGCACAGUCACACGGUCACUAGGCAGGAAGGAAUUUCUGCCUUGGUGUAAAGGCGCGGAAAAAGCGGUCUGCCAGCAACAUUCUGCCACCUCCUCCCUGAAGGGGGCGCCAUGGGAGCGGCCUCCCUGAGGACGCCGCGUCUGAAAGGCCCCAAGGGACCUGGUGCUGUGCCUGGGGUCUCUGGAAAAAGGGCGGACUUUAAAAUGAGACUAAACUCCACGCAACCCAGGUCUCGAGUUAAAUCCAACCAUCUUCAGCCAGAGUACGUCUCAUAAAACCCAGACCGUCUAAUUGGCUCUUAACGAUCAUGUAGCGUUUUUAACUGCUCUUCCCUGCUUGAAAGCUCGCCUGAGGGGGGCACAUGCCCCAAGGUUCCCAGCCCCAUGGGCCCUGCGAGGCACCGGCGGGGCAGACCCUGCCCCCUUCCAGUGUUUCCCCCUACUUUGUGUGUGGUCUGGUAGAGCGUUACACUCUUCUCUCUCUCCGUACGGGGGGCUGCUAGGUAGCAUGCACGGUGCCCAGCCCAGUGUGCAUUUCGGGCAAACAAAACAGAACUCGUAGGAGAAGUAUGUUCCCUGCAAUGCCUGGAACAUAUUUAAAAUGGAGAGAGUUUUAAAAUUCUGAUAACUGGGUGGAAUCCACAGAGGUUCUGACUUCGUUGGUGUGGAGCCUGGCCACCGAGGCACCGGAAUGUUUGAACAACUCCCCAGCUGACUGUAAUUUAACUGGGUGCCCCUAUGUGGGUUUUGUUUUUUGUUUUCGCUGAACCCGGCCACCUUACCAAGUAGCGAUUAGUAGUAACUUGUCCAAAGUUUAGAGGUGUUGCGGGGGCGUGGAGAGGGGUUUCUGCAACAGAUUCACGUUUUACUCGGCAGUUGGCUAUCCUUACAUUCAGUUGGAAACCAGACAAAAUUUGCUGAAUCGUCAAGUGAGGGUUAUAUACAGUAUCUAAUAGAAAAGGAGGUACUCUCUGGCUUAGCUAGGCCUUACUCUGUGGGAAAGUAUAAGAAAUAAAGUUCUAGUAGAAAAAAAAUUUUUUUAACUUUGAAUUGGCCAAGUUACACAAAUUAUUAUGUUUUUUUAUUAGAGAGCAGGGGAGAGGGGCAGAGGGAGAGAACGAGAGAAUCUUAAGCAGGCUCUACACUCAGCAUACAGCCCGACUCGGGGCUCGAUCGCAUGGCUCGUGACCUGAGCUGAAAUCAAGAGUCUGACCUUCAACCAACUGAGCCACCCAGGCACCUGUAGACACACACACACACACACACACACACACACACACACACACACACACACUUUUUAAUUUGUAGAUUCUCUAAGAAUGGCCAGAGGGAAAUUCCUUUACCUUGACUUUGUUUCUGACCUGUUACAAACACAGAGCUCAAGAAUCUCCGAAAGCACUUGGACCUGAAACAGUGGUUUUCAACUUGGGUUGUGCAUUGAAAUCACCUAGGGAGAUAUAAAAACUUCCGCCUGAGCUGAACCCUGCCCCUCCUCCCAUCUCUGCCCCCAGAUUCCAGUGUAAUUGGUGUAGGUGUGGCCCGGGCACGCAGAUGUUGAAAGAGCUCCCCAGGUGACACGACGUUGAGACCCCUGCCCUAGAGGGUUGCUAGCCAAGGGUAGAGGAAGCGGGUAGAAUUGGUCGUCAGGUUUGUUAAUCCAGGUGCUGCGUUAACAGUAGGGUGUCAGUGGCUUUGAUGGAUGGUGAGAAGCCAGGAGAUCCCUCGCCCCAGGAUGGGAGGCCAGGUGCCUUCAGGAACUGGUGUGCCCAGCUGUUCUCGUCACCCUGGGGGUUAGCACACCUGAGCGGGCAAGUCUCUGUCGGGUGCCCGUGGGGUCAGGCGCGGGCCCGUUCUGGAGUUGGGGUAGAACAGAGUCAAGGGUCGCGGAGGGGCUGUCCCCCGGAAGGCAGCCUCCUACUUGCACAGCUGAGCAGGAGGGGACACUGGCGCUGUGGGUUUUGCCUCUGACCUGUUUUCAGGCUGGGUGGAUGAGGGUCACCCCAGCGUCUCCACUUUCAGCACCCAAACCAGCACACCCCGGCCCACGUCCAGGAGGCUCCAGGUGCUGGUCUGCUGGAUCAUCUGAUUCCUGACCCAGCCAGGUCCCGGUGGUCAGGAGGGCACAGUGUGGGCGCUUUUGUUCCACUGAGGGACUUAAUGGCCGGCAGAAACUGUAUCGGCCAGUGGGGACUGGUGGCUCAGGGCGAAACUAAGCCCGCUUUUUGUGCUGUGGGCACGUGUGUUUAAUGCAUUAGCAAAUUUAGCAGGGGAAGUUUGGGAACGGUCGCCACGCCAAGAAAAUGACUGUUCGCCUGGCACGACCACAGCGACUCUUUGAAAGGGCUGAGGAGGGUUUGGGGCUGAGGGCUUCAGUGCUGGCAUCCUCCCUGGCCGGUCCUCCUUGGGGACGGAGGUCAGUCCCUGUAGGGCGAUGCUUCAGGCUGGUGGAGACCAAGGCCCAUCUGCCCAGGGGCCUCAGGCCAGAAGGGCCAAGUGCUCCCUGGUGACUUCAGGCAAGUUCCUUCUGUUGACCUUAGGGACCUUCAGGUUCUCCGUCCUGCUCUGAAUCUGUGCGCAAAAGGUCAGGGAGCAGGAGAGGCUGGCACCACGGGCCAGCCCGAGCUGCGUGGCAGCACAGCUCUAAGGCCCUUGUGCCGCCCACCUGAGAACAUAGGCUGCUUUCUGGAAAGGUUGGUUUCUGAAAGCAUAGACCCUGGCGAAGCGGUCUGACUUUGGUGCUCCGACCUUGUAGGCUCCUCCUCCUUCCUUGUGACUGUAACCCGCCAUCUGCCCCCCCUCCCCCAGCCACCCGCAGGAGGGUGGCUGAGAAUGGUGGGAGUUAAGUGCUGUUGCCCCGGGGGAGACCGCACCUCCUACCGGGACCCUCUGCUUUGCUGUGCUGCACAGGCUGUGUUUUGUCUGCAUGGUUUGGGGUCGCUGUCCUUGUGCCUUUUUUUCUUCCCUGUCACCACUGUACAGGAUUUGCCAUGUCCUCACUGCCCCUUUUCUACAUCCUCAUGUUUACCCUGGUCCUUCCCGAGCCCUGUAAAUGUGUACAUAGCGUCCCACUUGGCCUCCACGGGGUCUGCUCCCAGGCCAGGCCUCCCAGCACGUUCUUCCACACGCGCCUCCAGGUUGCUCGCUCAGCCGUGCAGGUUUGGUAACUUUGUACAGAACUCUUUUCAUUACGGUCUUAAGCUCGGGGGGCUCGAAGUCCCCCGUCCAGCCUGCAGCUAGUUUAGAAGCCUUGCACACCAGAAAAGGGUCACUUUGUGUAAAGCACCUUCUCCCACAAACGUCUUCCCGUAUUGGUGUCAGUAUUUAUAGAAAGCAGAGCGCACCUUUCUAACCGUGGGGUUCGGCCCAGGGCCCCCACAGGGACGUCAUGGGUCUGCGGCAGCACCCCUGGCCCCCAGAGGAAGCUCCAGCUGUGUGUGGCUCCCGGUGCUUGGCACUGGGCUGGGUUCAAGACCACCACCAUCUGGUGUCUCGAACAGCUUUGGAACUCCCAAGUGGGCAGAAGAGGCUCCUCGCUGCUGCCCCGGCCUGCCAUUAACUGCCGAGCUCUUCCUCAUCUGCCCGAGGUGCUCAGACCCGAGUGCCAUUAAUUCCCCGACUGCUGACCGGACUCACUCUCGCCCACGGCCUGCUGGCUCCCUCCGUCCUGGCCCUUCCUGCUUUCUUGGCUGGGCCUCCUGGGGCCCAGAUGGAAGAAGCUACAUGUAUGGCCUCGUGCCCAGGGGUUUGUUAGACGGCUUUGACUCUGGGAUUCCCCUUGGGUCUCGCCCCAGGAGCCUCCCUCUGGAAGUAGGCUUAUCUCCGGAGCUGGGGUGAGACCACCUCCAGGCCCCAAGGCGGGGAGAGAGGGGUGAGGCCCAAGGCUGUGUCCCAGGGCCCCAAGCUCUCCACGUCCUACCUGCUUCUAGCCAAAAAGGAGCAGGCUGUCAGAGGCAGGCUCCUUCAGGAACUCUAAUGUACAGACCAAGGUGUAAAUAAACAGUUUGCUUUUCUUGCCUGA